AAGAGUGUAAAUGCAGACGAAUAUGUUGAAAAGAUAAUACACUCAAGUGGCAGUAAUAAGCAAAUUUUUUAUAAAAUUCACGCUUUUGAUCAAUCUUUACAAUCAUAUCCUCCAAUGAGAUGCCUGACACCUGACAAAAAAGGUUACAAUUUUGAGAAUGUGAAUGCAACGGCAAACAGCAUCAUUGUAAAUCUUCCGAAGCGAGUUGUAAAGCAUGGAUGCAAAAAAUAUAAUUUACCAACUACUAUAUAUACUAUCUCUGUAAGCCAUUGUUUAGACAACAACCUCAAUAAACCUGAAAAAUUUAAUGUGCUGCGAUAUGUGACAUACGAGCGAUAUUACGAGAUUCAGAAUUUAACACCAUUUACAGAGUACAAGUUGAAUUUUACUUUAAGCAAUUAUUACUUUGAUCAAUUAUCAAUAAAUCCAUUCGAUUCGAAUGUGAUAUCAAUAAAAACUAAUUCGGGCAAGCUUAAUGCACCAGAAAACAUAAGUGUUCUUGCUUUGACGCCUACUAUAGCAGCAGUUCAUUGGAUGCCACCUAAGAAGGUGAACUGCGUGCCCGUGACUUACGAAGUGCAUUGGAAGUCAGUUACAUUAGUGAAUGGCAUGCGACAAAAGAGCGAACAAUUUAUCAAUAUGCCGAAACGUACAGCAGACGGCAGAUUUUUCACAAAGAUUAACUUGUCGCUACCAGUACAAGAUUACUUGAUAUACGUGCGUGUGUAUCCAAUUAAUUUCAACGAUUUGUACAACGAGAGUUUUAGCAAGAUCGUUCACAUAUACUCAGAACCAAACAAUAUUACUUUGAGCGAAGUCAACAUAAAUAGCAUGAACAUUUCGUGGAUCUCAAACAUUAAUCUGACGAUCUUUUGUAUACUAGAGUACAAAGAUAUUGUAGCAGAAAAGUGGCAAACAAUGAAUUAUGUUAAAAUGAAUUAUAACAAAGAAGUAACAUACCAUGUCGAAAAUUUACAAUCGGGAACCUUAUACAUAUUUCGCUUGAUAUUGUGGUAUCCCGAAUAUGAGGAAAAUUUUACAUGGCCCACUGAUGAAAGAUUUAUUUUUUCAACACUUGAUAAUCCGAGCACUCCUGGAAUAACAGCGAAAGAAUAUUACUUAUUAUUCAUGUUAAGUUUUAUCGUUAUAGUUACUAUAACCUGCAUCUGGUACUUUUAUUAUUUGCAUCGCAGAGGUAAUAAGGAACAAUUUUUGUCUUUAACAAUGAUCGAUAUGGAAUGA